AAUUUCUCUCUCUACUACCUCAGCUCCUCCAUUUAAAUUUCAAGUGACCGUUAACAACACCAUUUUCUCUCCUCCAUUUUUUUUGAAAAAAGGAACUCUUUGGAGAGAUUUGAGGCUCGAUUCGAAACUAAAUCCCGAGAAACAAAGAAAAAUGGAUUCGAGGAAACCACGGUUGAAUCUCCCCGCCGGAAUGGAGGCCUCUCUCCGAAUCGACCCGGUCCCAAACCUUUUCCCGGCGAUGCCGAAAACACCUUCGCCGUCGAAAACAACAUACAGCGAUCGGUUCAUACCUUGUAGAUCGUCGUCGAGGCUUCAAAAUUUCAGCUUGGUGGAGAGAUCGUCGCCGGCUAAAGAAGGCGGGAACGACGCCUACGCGCGAUUGCUCCGAGCCGAGCUCCUGGGGGAGGGACCGGCGGCGUGCUCCCCGUCCGGCGGACCGGGUUCGCCGAUGAGCCCGAGUAAGAACUUGUUCCGGUUCAAGACCGACCACUCGGCCCCGACCUCGCCUUUCGCCGGUUUGGGGUCUAGCCAGGAGGGAAAUGUUGCAAGCGAGGUCUCGACGCCGCCGAAGGUUCCGAGGAAGAUACCCAAAACUCCCCACAAGGUUUUGGAUGCUCCGUCGCUUCAAGAUGAUUUCUACCUCAACUUGGUAGAUUGGUCAUCGCAGAAUGUGUUGGCUGUUGGAUUGGGCACUUGUGUUUAUUUGUGGUCAGCAACCACAAGCAAGGUUACAAAAUUGUGUGAUUUGGGUUCGAGAGAUGGUGUGUGCGCGAUCCAAUGGACUCGAGAAGGCUCCUACCUAGCAAUUGGAACAAGCCUUGGAGAUGUUCAGAUUUGGGAUGGCACAAAGUGUAAAAGGAUUCGGAAUAUGGGCGGUCAUCAAACGAGAACCGGUAUUCUCGCAUGGAGUUCUUGCAUAUUAUCUUCUGGGAGUAGGGAUAGGAAUAUCCUGCAACACGACAUUCGCGUUUCAAAUGACUUCAUCAGCAAGUUCACAGGCCACAGAUCUGAGGUCUGUGGAUUAAAAUGGUCCCACGAUGACCGUGAACUUGCAUCUGGAGGAAAUGAUAACCAGCUACUGGUUUGGAAUCAACGCUCUCAGAAUCCAAUACUGAGACUCACAGAACAUACAGCUGCGGUUAAAGCCAUAGCAUGGUCGCCGCAUCAGCAUGGGCUUCUUGCAUCAGGAGGCGGAACGGCCGAUCGGUGCAUACGUUUCUGGAACACUGCGAACGGCAAUAUGCUAAAUUCGGUUGACACGGGAAGCCAAGUCUGCAAUCUAGCAUGGUGUAAGAAUGUGAAUGAACUAGUUAGCACUCACGGUUACUCCCAAAACCAAAUUAUGGUGUGGAAGUAUCCAUCAAUGUCGAAGGUAGCAACACUAACCGGCCACACGCUCCGGGUGCUUUAUCUCGCAAUGUCACCUGAUGGACAGACUAUAGUAACUGGCGCUGGUGAUGAGACUCUGAGAUUUUGGAACAUAUUCCCUUCUGUGAAAACUCCGGCUCCUGUUCGUGACACCGGCGUCUGGUCCUUGGGGCGAACUCACAUUCGGUGAAAAAUGCCUUGCGAGUAUUCUUUCUUAGUCUUUGCGCAGAGGCGGAUUGAGUCUUUUGGAUUGCUUUGUAUAUGGUCUAACAGCUACAGAACUUACCGGCGUCUAAAAAUGGAUCACUUUCGCAAUCAUCGUAUUAAUGCGUGUGCCCAGUAACUUCAAUGAUUGCUAAUUCAUUUAUUUUUUCUUAUGCGCGUGCCCAAAGGCGCGCGCGUGUGUGUUUAUGUGUCCGUUUGUAGACAACAUGGAUCGCUUUCGAUUGGUGUGUUUUUCAUCUCUAAAUUCCUCGGCAAUUAUGCCUUGCCAAAGGUUUCUGUAUCAUGAAAUUAAUUAAU